CAUUCACACCCAAAAUGCUGAAUUAAAUAAAUAUUUUUUUAUUUGUACAAAUUUGUCAUUUUUCAUAUCAGACCCCCGUCCCCACCCAAACUCCCAUCGCUGCCGCUGCCGAAAUCUCACUUUGAACUCCGUUCAGAACUUGAGAGCCCUGCAAAUGUAAUCUAUAUGUUCACAUCUUUGGACAGAGAAGUUUAAUGCAGACGUCUAAGAUAAGGAGGAUGAUGCUCGCUCUAGCGUGUUUUAUUGGCAUUGUUGCUGCGACUGCUGUUGAUGAUGAUGAUGUCGAAUCGCUGACGGUGUCUGAAGGAGGAAACCUCACCAUCUCUAUUCCCAUUAAGAAGUGGGACGAAGACCCUCAGGUUUUGGUUUCUCGUCUCAAAGGCUCCUCACAGCAGCUGAUAGCACAGAUAACAUGUCAUGAUCGAGUCUGUGAGCGCGAGUGUUUGAUUUCUGAGGUCUCAUUGAUUUGUGAUGAAGAGAAUGUGACGCUGAUCCUGAUGAACGUCAGCUUCAGUCAAUCGGGGCUUUACAAAGUCUGCAAACAUGGAGAUACACAGCCGGAAAACAAGAUUUACCAAGUUACAGUGUUUAAGCCUCCACCCUGUACUUUCAGCCCAGAACAACCACCACCUGCCAUCUACAGUAACUCAUUCACUGCAGGCGUAACCACAUCCGCUCUGGGCAUCUCUGUGCUCAUCACUGCUGUCAUUGGUGUCAUCUCGUGAUAACACAAGAAGGUAACACAUGAGAAACUCUACGUCCAGUAGAAGUGACCGUCACUGGGCCUUACAUACAGGUGCUCAUCUGCAGGACUAAGAUGAAUGUAAUAAGACAAGACCUUUUUUCAGUGACUACUUUUACAUGUGCACCAAUAAUGUGAUUAUUUCAAAUAAUCAGAGUAAGAACUUAAUUACAGUAAGAUGUUUACAUGACACAAGCAAACCUCUUCAAUCUCGUUUACAUACAUUUUUCAUUAUUCGUUUAAGAGUUGUAUUCACACCCCGAUGUACAGCACAAAUGAUGAACUAAAUGGAGUAGGCAUGUUACUGCUCACUGUUUUGUCAAAUGCAAAGCACAUUUUUAUGGUAUACGGCAUUAUAUUCAUGUUGCACAACGUUGGCAACAUGAACUCAUUUUCUUUAGCACCCCAAAUGUGAUUCGUUCUUCAUCUCUGAUGAAUCUGCACAUGACGGCAUCAUCCGUGUUCGUCACAAGCACAUGCGCACUUUGGCCAGAGUGAAGUAGAUGUGAUUACAUUGUUUACAUACCUGCAUACAUCACAUAUUUUACUUUAAUUAUGGUUACUACAAUUGAGCUUCAAUUUCAUCAAAGUAUUGUGUUUACAUGAGGUGAAGCUUAAUCGUCUCAUUAUGAUUCACAUUAUCAGGGUGCCUGUAAAUGUAGUCAGUUAUUAUAAAGAGUCAGCUAUAAGUGAUCAAAUGGUACUGUAGUUCAACUCUCUGAAGACUGUAACCACUGGGACACUGGUGCUUUUUACUGAGUGAUCCGACAUGGAUCAGCCGGGAUAUGUAGAAAUUCCCAAGUGAUUCUGCUGCCUUUGAGUGGCACAUACACUCUUAAAUAUAAAGGUUCAUUUAAAUAUAAGGUUCAAUAUAAAGAGGACCCACUUUUGUGCCACAGAAGAAUCUUUCAGAUGAACAGUUCUUUAAAGAACCAUUUUGUCAUAGUGUGAAGAACAUUUUAAUAAGCAAACAAUAGAAAGGUGCCAUGAAUGUUAAAGGUUCAAUGAACCAUUGAUGCCAAUAAUGAAGCUUUAUUUUUAUUGUGCACUGGCACAACAGGUGUUACUUUUAAUGAUGUUUAUGUGUUCUUGAACUCCAUGAGACCAUAAUGUGUUCCAUUUAUAAUUUUAUGUUUGUUUUAGCAUUAUUAUUAGGGGUCCAAGCACUGAAGGUUGUUCACUAGAGGGCGCCAAACAAUAAGAAAUAAGUCCAAUGAUUUUGCAUUCAUAUUCAUGGCUAUAUCGUCCCUUUGGAAUUAUAAGGUCCUGUCUGACAUUUUUGUCAAAAUUGAGUUAUUUACAUAUUCUUAUUCUGUGACAAAUUAUUUACAUUUUGUGAUUUUUUUUUUUUUAAUUUAGAAAACAAAAAGGUUCUAUCUACAAUGUCGAAUGGAAUGCAAAACUUUGAAUCUCAAUAUCUCCAAACCACUCAAAUAGAACCUUAUAAUUCCAAGGGGAUGAAAUAACUACUACUUUUAGGACCAUGACAAUAUCUGCUUUGUUUUUAUAAUUAGCUUGCAAAGAAAUGUGUGUAUAGGCUAUAUAUAUAUAUAUAUAUAUAUAUAUAUAUGUGUGUGUGUGUGUGCAAAAUUCUUGUAGAUCAUUAAAUGUUAACAUAUUUUUAUUUCCUUUUUAUUAACACAUUUUUCAAGUUGCCAUACAUGAUUAUAUUUUGCAAAGCAAUAGCAAUAUUAUUUGUCUCUUUUAAUAUAUUGUAUAGAAUAGUAUUUCAGUAAAAGCACACUUUUUUGCACAUAAAUUAGUUACUUAAUUAUUUCUAAGCUUUUAAUAUAGACACUGUAACACAUUCUCUUG